AAUUCGUUGGCUUUUUCUUUUUUUUAACGUCCAAUCUGAGUUGUUUUUUAAGGAAGGGCUAGGGGAUGAGGCGGGCGCUUGGGGUCCCUGCUCGGUGCCCAUCUGCCCAGUCAGCAGCCCCUUCCUCUCCCCCCCUUUUUUUUUAAUUUUGUAAUUGGAGCCCUUGGUGAGGUUACGCGUGCCAUGAGAACCCACUCUACACCACAACGCUGGUGCCUCCGUGUUGGCCAAACUCUGGAGUCAGUGACUGGUUUGACUUUCAUACGGUGAAUAUGCAUUUCGUCUGUACUGAUCAUGGAAUAAACACAUCUCUCUUUUUUAAUGCUGGUGUCUCCCUGAUAUUUCUUUGUGAACCACCUGUUGCCUAGGCUAGGCCCAGGGGUCCCCGGGCCCCAGACCGCAUCUGUACAGGAACUCCUGCCAGGGGCCACCUAGCCCAUGUCCCUUGGUCUGUCCAUGCCAUCCGAAGCUGAAGCUGUGACAGGGACCCCAGGUGCCUGUUUCUCCCUCCUAGGCAGGUGACAUGCUCCAGCAGAACCUGGCCAGACUCCAGACAGUAUUCUCCUUCACCCUCUUCCAUCUUUGUCCCCUACUUACCAGGUGACUUAGGCCACUUCUCCCACCUUGCCUGCCUCUACCUAACUACUUUCAUUUAAGCUCAGGGUUAACCAGAUAUUCUUAGAUAAGUGUACAUUCCCCCCCUCCCCAACUCGGAUCCUCACCCCCGCGCACGCAGACGCACACAUUCCUGCCCGAGAGAGCCCACCAGGUGGCUUCCAUGCCACCCUGCCUCUGUGCCCACCCCAAAGCACCCUAGGAUGUAAAAACGUGUCAUUUACAUGAUGCAGAGAUACAAACUGAAACAUUUCUAGCACCGUUUAUUAACCCAUGUCCCCCUUUCUUUUUCACCAAGAAAGGUACCGUGUAUUGUCUUGUGUUUGGGAUCUGCCAAACCUGGCUAGGGUGCAGUUUAGGCAGCCAGCCAGAGCUCCCCUCCCCCGCACCCCACGUCCAUGCCACCCCUCUACACACACAGAGGCACUUCUCCUAAACCACUGUGCUGGUUCAAGUGUGACUUAAAUUUUGGUUCUAUGGUGUUUCCUCCAUCUUCUGCCACCCCCUCGUUUUUGUUCUGUGUUCCAAAACUUCCCCAGACCAGGUCUGACUGUUUAGCUGGAGAAAUGGUUUUGUCUGCACCUUCCUUCUAAAGAGUGAACUCUGCCAUGGCCCUCUCCACACCUCCCUCAUAGGUGUUUCUCUAACUGGGUUGUAAUUAGAACUUGGAUCUAUUUAAUUUCUCUGGCCAUUUCCAAUCCCUUCCACAAUACUAGAAAUCUUAGUCCUAUACAAGAGUGAGAGGUGUGUACAAGCCCCCAAUGUACUGUAUGCACGGAUCGCUUGGCCAAUAAUCAAUGUCAGUGAAUCUGAGACUUGUAUUAAACACUUUAGACAUUUGUAGAGGGGAAUUCGUAGACUUUUCACUUAUAUACUAAAGGGUUUUUUUUUUUGUGCAGUUCUCAUUGCAAAAAUAAACAUUUGUACUGAAUAUAAAAAUUACCAUCUUGUGACUACUGCUGUCUUUGUUUGACGGUAGAGCUGGGGGCUGGGGGGUGGGGGAGUCAGUGUUGUGUAGCAGAGGAAAGGAGGUUCCCAGGCGUCCACCAGCCAUGCAUCCAGGUUAGAGAACUCAGGGUCAUCAAGUGGUCAGAGAAUUGAUUUGAUGGAAAGUGGAAAAGAAACCAAAGCUAUGACAGGCUAAUCACACAGGGAAAGAAAGGUAGUAGUUUAAGUGCAGGGAGAACACGUUUGUACAACAGGCAGUGUAAUCAUAGACAACUACUGGACAGUUCAUCGUUUACUGAGGCAGAACCACAUAACCACUAUUCCCUUUUAAGUAGCAACCCACAGACUUAACUAAGCAUGAUCCCAGGACAGUAUAAUGUUCAGUAGCGUUCACAAUACAAACUAAAUAGUGGAAGGUGAAAGGGAGGGUGGGAGGUGACAAAAAGGGAUUAGUGGAGUGUUUCAUGUUAGAGGAACCAACAAAAACUACAGAUGGAAACAGCAUGUCCAGUGGUGGUGACAUGACCCAGUCAGCGGAUAAUGCCCCAAAUUGGUAAUGAAGAAAUAGGCACAUAAGCACAUUUAGAGAUACCUAGGUAACGACCCCCAGAAAGCUAAAAGCGGUUCCCAUGGCAGCCACCAGGUGGAAGGAGAGGUGAAGCUCAGGAGUGCUGCCUUUCCCUGAAAGUCCUGGUUUGCUGUUUAGCCAGAUGUAUGCCUUCAGGCAAAUGACUAAUCCCCGAAUUGCAGGUUCGUGAUCUGUAAUACACGAAUGUGAUAAUAGCACCUACUCUUAAUAGGAUUGUUACAAGGGUUAAAUGAGUGGCCCUAAAAUGUUCAGGAUCUUAGGGGAAGGUUGCAAAACAGGAGGAAGAAGCCUCUCACGCGGCCCUGGUCCCCUUCCUGUUUCGGCCACAGCCCCAGUGACUCAACAGGUUCAGUCCUCCUAGGAGUCAGUCUCCCCGCCACAACUGGCAGCCACUGGUAGAGCCCCGGCCUCAACACCUGCGGAUGGUCUCCCGGGCGGGAGGUGUCGCCAGCACGUCAAUGACAGCCACUGUCCAAUCAUAGCUCUGCAGGGGCGGGCCUACAGGCCAGCUGGGCCAAUUGGAAGUUGGCGCCGGGUCGAGGCCUUAGGCUCCGCCGUUGGAACCAAGGCUAGGUGAAGGUGCUGCUAGGUCUCUCGGAGCCAGGCCGAGGGUAGGGUCGCGCGCUCCAGGACGGGGAGCUCCGGAGAGGCGAUGGCUGGUGCUCCCGAGGCCUCCUCGGACCACAGCAAUCGUCCGCGCCGCCCUCCUAAUCCGAGCCGUGGCGCGGCCUGUCCCCAUCCUUUCCCUUCUGGGCCCGCUCGACCCGCCAUAUUAGGUUUUGGCUCCGCCCCCUGACUAAAGAGCCUGGAUCUAGGCCGGCCCCCCAGGUCAUUGGUCCAGCCCUCUUCCUCGGACCUUCACCCAGCGUUAGACCUCGCCUUCUCUAGGCUCCGCCUUCUCCCCGUCCACCCUCCCAAGCCACGGCGCCAGCCCUUACAACGUUCCUGAGACAAGUUCGGGCCACCCUUUAGGCCCGUAGGCCACACCCACCUUUCAGUGCCCCGACCCUUCGCUCCAGGCUCCGCCCGUUUCGCCCAGGAUGCCCCGUCUUUCUUGUUUAUACUGGACCCUGUCUUUAGACCCCACCCAUCCACCUGCUGCGGGAAUCCGCCCUCUUCUUAAGCCCCGCCCGCAGUUCUAGCCCCUCACACCCCUUCUCAAGGCUCCUCCCUACCCACCGAAGCCUGGUCCUCGCAGGCUCCACCCCCGCACCCUAACCUGGCUCCCUGUGGCCGUCUCGCUCAGGUGUUCACCUGGCACACAGGUAAGUCGUAUGCGGCGUUGGUUUCGGUCUGAGCCGUCCGCCCCUUCUCUCGGCACGUUCCGCAAGCUCCGACGGCACGGAGGGAUCCCAGGCCAAAGGCGGUGGGCUCCGCCGCUCGCACGCCUCCUCUCCGCUGCUGCCCGCGCCCCCGGCGGUCCAGAACCCCGACGGUAGCACGGUCGUCCCGGAACGCGGCGACAUGCCCGAGCUGGUGGUGACGGCUCUGUUGGCGCCGUCGCGUCUCUCUCUGAAGCUGCUGCGCGCCUUCAUGUGGAGCCUGGUGUUCUCCGCGGCGCUGGUGGCCGCAGCUAUCUACGGUUGCAUCGCGUUCACACACGUGUUGUGCCGGCCCAGACGUGGCUGCUGCGGGCGCCCCCGGCGCACCCCACCAGCCUGCUUGAGCGACCCGGUACUGGGAGAGCACUGCUUCCUGACCCUCCAGAGCUCCGGCCUGCGCCUGCACUACGUCUCCGCUGGUCGCGGCAAAGGGCCCCUCAUGUUAUUUCUGCACGGCUUCCCGGAGAACUGGUUCUCCUGGCGCUACCAGCUCCGGGAAUUCCAGAGCCGCUUCCAUGUGGUGGCUGUGGACCUGCGUGGAUAUGGCUCCUCCGAUGCACCCAGGGAUGUGGAUUAUUACACUAUCGACCUGCUGAUGGCAGACAUCCAAGAUGUCAUCCUGGGCCUGGGUUACUCUAAGUGCAUCAUCGUGGCCCACGACUGGGGCGCAAUCCUAGCCUGGAACUUCUCCAUCUACUACCCAUCCCUGGUGGAGCGGAUGGUGAUGGUCAGUGGUGCCCCCAUGUCGGUGUACCAAGACUACGCAAUACGCCACAUUGGACAGUUUUUCCGUUCCAACUACGUGUUCCUGUUCCAACUUCCCUGGCUGCCGGAGAAGUUGCUGUCCAUGUCUGACUUCCAGAUCCUCAAGACCACCCUCACCCACCACAAGAGGGGCAUCCCACGCUUGAGCCCCAACGAACUCGAGGCCUUCCUUUAUGACUUCUCACAGCCCAGUGGCCUUACUGGGCCCCUCAAUUACUAUAGAAACAUCUUCAGGAACGUUCCCCUGGAGCCCCAGGAGCUGGCCACGCCCACCCUGCUGCUGUGGGGGGAGAAGGACAUCUACCUGGAGCAGGGGCUGGUUGGCGCCAUCAGCAGCCGCUUUGUGCCUGGGCGGCUGGAAGCCCACAUACUGCCAGAUGUGGGCCACUGGAUCCCACAAAGCCACCCUGAGGAAAUGCACCAGUACAUGUGGGCCUUCUUGCAAGACCUUUUGGAGUAGUGGCCCUCGCUCACUGGCCUGCGUGCACCUGGGAGUCCACACGGUGUGUGGAUACAGGUGGUCUCCUGGAUUGUGCACAGGCGUGGAAUUCCUAGGUCACACACAAGUGCAUCAGUGGGUGCCCUUAGGCACACCAGCCCGUUUGCUCACACACAGGCAUGAGUGUAUACACGUGUGAGCAAGCACUUUGACCCUGGGAACCAUGGACACCUCUUCUCUGUGGAGCUAGAUGCUGACUGUCCUCUCUCCCUUCUCUGCACCACCAGUCUUCUUGACAGAGUCCCCCCCUCCCCAAAGCCAUAAGCUCUGACCUUCCUGUCCCUGGCUUCCACCUCCAGUCUGGGUCUUUAGCUAAAUGCUGCAUUGUCCAGUACUGGUAGCCAUAUAUGGCUGCUUCCAUUUAAUUGAAAAUCAGUUAAAAUUAAAUAUGAUUAAAAGUUCAGUUCCUCAGUCACACUAGCCAUCUUUCAAGGGCAUCAGCAUAAAAAGUUUUAUUGGACAGUACUGGUGAGGGUGUUCCUAGCAUAGAGGGCCUCCUUGCCUGGCUCCUGACCUCACCAAGGGAGGACCUGCCUGUGCAGACCCUUCUCCAGCCAAACCCUGGGCGGCUCCCUGCCAUGAUUGCCCUCCCAGUCAUGCUUCCAGAGGGUGUAAGGGCAAGACCUCUUACAGCAGCCUGGGAAAGAUCCUUAGUGUCCUGUCUCUGGAUCCAUGGGAAAACAGCUCUCCUUUAGGAUAUGUGAGAUUCUGGAUGCGGCACAGGAAGGGACCAGCUUCCUGAAUGGCCAUCUGGCAUCUGAGGCCUGCCUCUCCCGAUCUCCCGGAAUCAUCCACUCCAAAUUCACUAUUUCUGCUGAUUGUUUUCUAGGGGCCCAGGCUCCAGCCUCCAAGAGGGUGUUACAGGUCAAGGGUGGACCACUCAGCCGGUGACUCCAGGCUAGUCACAGCAUCAACUAAUA